AUGGCCUGGGUUGGGCUUGGUGUGGCAGAAGUUGUGCAAGGGUGAGUCUGAGUAAUGUCUGAAGGGUUAAGAGAGAGGAAUGGUAUUCUCAAACUGUAGCUCGCAAUAAUACUGUGGUUCACUUUAGCUCGGGCAUUUAUUCAUUUCUUCUAUUAAAAGGCACCUCAGAGCAAAGGAAUGGAAGUUCCCCACAUGAAGGCCUCUGGGAAUAUUCCAGCAAACAAUCUCCCCGAAACCACAAACACAGGACUAUUCCAGGAUUAAGAGCAUGACCUUUUCUGACUUUGUGCAUCAGGUGGUUUUAAAUAACUGGCCCUUUUUAAUCUGCUUUCAGUUUUAAUAAAUAGAAUUUAAUAUCCUUCAAUUUUUAAAAAAAUAAUGUGCUCAAUCUCUACACCGUGGUUAACUUGACCUAUUAAGAUUAGAACUGAACAUAAAAUACCAAGUACGAAAAGUAAAAUUGUCAUGGCAUUCAUGUACUACUAAGAAUAUACAAGAUCACUGUCUGAGGAGCAAUUAGGAAUGAAAUAUUAUGCCAUGUAGGUCCUAAAAUAACAACUGGUCUUCCAGUGUUUCUACCAAACUAGGCCAAAUGUAUGCUGAUUUUCAAGAGAGGCAGAAAUGAAUUCAGUAGCUGGCAAAUACCUUCUGAUAUACACAAGGGCCACAGAAAGAGUGUGAUUUAGACAAAUUUUUAAAAACAAAUGGACUUCAAAAAAUCUCCCAAGAAAAUAAAUUAAUGUUGAACUACAAAAUAACAGAACAUGAGGUGGAAGGUGCCAUUCAGAACAUGCAGUUGGGCAAAUCUCCAGGGCCAGAUGGCUUAACCUCAAAAUAUUAUAGGUCCUUGAAGGAUUGGAUAAUUCAACCAUUAAAGGAGGUUUGCAACGAAAUUUUGGAGGGGGGAAAAGCGCCAGAGUCGUGGAAGGAAGCUUAUAUUACACUAAUACCGAAAAAUGAGUCUGAAAAGACACAACUUAAGAACUACCGCCCCAUAUCCCUGCUUAAUGUGGAUUAUAAAAUUUUUGCAGAUAUUUUGGCUAAAAGGUUAAAAAAGUAUUAGUGGAGGAGAUACAUAAAGACCAAGCUGGCUUUCUCCCGGGUAGACACUUGUCUGACAAUACGAGGAAUAUAAUCAACAUUUUGGAGAUGCUACAAGUGAAUAUUAAUACUAAAGCUGUUUUAAUUUUUGUAGAUGCGGAGAAAGCCUUUGAUAAUAUUUCUUGGAGUUUCAUGAAGAAAAAUCUUCAGGGGAUGGGGGUUGGUCAAGGGUUUGAAAAUGGUAUAAGUGCAAUUUACUCAGAACAAAAGGCCAAACUAAUAGUUAACAAUGUGGUGACAGAGGAAUUCAAGAUAGAGAAAGGGACACGACAAGGCUGCCCAAUUUCCCUAUUACUUUUUAUUUCGGUCCUGGAGGUUCUGCUAAAUAUGAUCAGAAGGGACCGUCUGAUUAAAGGUAUACAGGUCGGAGCCAAACAGUACAAAUUGAAAGCUUUUGCAGAUGAUUUAGUAUUGACGUUACAGGAGCCAGAAUCUAGUACUAAAAGAGUAUUAGAAUUGAUUUAGGAAUUUGGUCAUGUGGCAGGAUUUAAGUUGAAUAAUUUAAAAACUAAGGUGCUUGAGAAAAAUUUAACACCGAUUGAGAAAGAGAGGUUUCAGAAGGAGACAGGUUUAACACUGGUUAAGAAAGUAAAAUACUUGGGGGUUAAUAUGACCGCUAAGAAUUUAAACCUAUUUAAAGACAAUUAUGAGAAAUGUUGGUCAGAAGUGAAAAAGGAUCUAGAGAUAUGGUCAAACUUGAAGCUUUCCUUGUUAGGUCGAAUUGCUGUUAUAAAGAUGAAUGUAUUGCCAAGAAUGUUAUUUCUGUUUCAAUCAUUGCAAAUCUUAGACAAAAUGGACUGUUUCAAGAAGUGGCAGAGAGACAUUUCUAGAUUUGUCUGGCAGGGCAAGAAGCCCAGAAUAAAAUUUAAAAUAUUAACUGACGCAAAGGAUAGAGGUGGAUUUGCCCUGCCAGACCUUAAACUUUAUUAUGAAUCAGCAGCAUUCUGCUGGUUGAAAGAAUGGCUGCUUCUUGAGAACACAGACAUUUUGGAUUUAGAAGGUUUUAAUAAUGUUUUUGGGUGGCAUGCAUAUUUGUGGUAUGACAAGGUUAAAGCACAUAAAGCAUUUAAAAACCACAUUGUCAGGAAAGCAUUGUUAAAUGUCUGGAUAAGAUAUAAGGACUUACUUGAAAAUAAAACCCCAAGGUGGUUGUCACCGAUGGAAGCAAAGGCUCAGAAAAGGCUCAAUAUGGAGGCCAAAUGGCCGAAAUAUUGGGAAAUUUUGGAACAAGAAGGAGACAAAUUGAAAUUGCAGAGUUUUGAGAAAUUAAAAGACAAAGUGCGAGACUGGCUUCAUUAUUAUCAGAUAAUGGAGGCAUAUAAUUUGGAUAAGAAAAUUGGCUUCCAGGUGGAAAAAUCAAAUUUGGAAACAGAACUGUUAGAACCCAAAACUAAGAUUUUGUCAAAAAUGUAUAACUUGCUGUUGAAAUGGAAUACUCAGGAUGAAACGGUGAAAUCUGCUAUGAUUAAAUGGGCACAAGAUCUUGGACAUAAUAUUAUGUUUGCUGACUGGGAACAGUUGUGGACCACAGGUAUGAAAUUUACGGCAUGUAAUGCCCUAAGAGAGAAUAUUAUGAAAAUGAUUUACAGGUGGUACAUGACACCAGUCAAGCUUGCAAAAAUCUACCAUUUGCCCGAUAAUAAAUGUUGGAAAUGUAAAGAAAACGAAGGUACAUUCUUUCACCUUUGGUGGACGUGCCCAAGGAUUAAGGCUUUCUGGGAGAUGAUAUAUAAUGAAUUGAAAAAGGUAUUUAAAUAUACCUUCUUGAAGAAACCAGAGGCCUUUCUCCUAGGCAUAGUCGGCCAAUUGGUGCCAAAGAAGGACAGAACUUUUUCAUGUAUGCCACAACAGCAGCAAGAAUUCUCAUUGCAAAGUAUUGAAGACACAAGAUCUACCCACCUUGGAAGAAUGGCAGAUGAAGGUGAUGGACUAUAUGGAAUUGGCGGAAAUGACUGGCAGAAUCCAAGACCAGGGAGAAGAGUCGAUGGAAGAAGAUUGGAAAAAGUUUAAAGACUAUUUACAGAAAUAUUGCAAAAUUAAUGAAUGUUAGAAUGAUGUUGGAUAGAAACUAAGUGGUCUUUAGCUGAAAUGUUAGACGGGAAUCUGAAACAACGGUUUAUUAAUAGGUUAAAAUCUAAAACUACAAUAUUUUAUGAUUAAUGAUUAGGAUACAUAAAGAGGGGAGGGAUUUGUUGAACUAAUAAUUGAAUUGGAAUACAAAAAAGGGAGGUGUGAGGAGGUCCUGGAAAUAAGCAAAUGAAGGAUAAGUAAUGGAAGGAAGGAAUUGUUUUUAACUAUUUUUACUUUGUAUUUUAUCUUUUUUCUUUUUUCUUCUUUUUGUCUUGUAAUAUUCUGAAAAUCUUAAUAAAUAUCUUAUAUAUAAAAAAAACCUUCUGUACCAGCCACACCAUUUAAAUAUGACACAGGUUGGCAUGUGAGAUAACAGUGACUGAUCCUGAAAAUUAACAAGGCCUCAGGCCCGAGUGGAUUCACCUCCAGAAUAUUCCCCCGCCUCAUUUUUUUAUAUUAAAACCACUGACAGAAUUAUAAACUACUAGAAACCUUCUUUGAAGUAGGGGGCGGUGGAGGAAAUAGUCGGCAUACUGUGGUAUCAAUUUAUUUAUUUUAACCAGGAAAUGUGUCUGGCAGCUUAUCAGGCCGAUGCCAGCGAGAUGUGUUGGCAAAUGGCAAAUCAUUUAUGCUAACGGCAGGAGGUGUUAAAUUUCAACAUUGAGAAACUUCUGCAAAAAUUUCCUGCAAGGUGUUCAAAACCUAUUUUUGUACAGCACAGGAAAAAAGAGAACUUAAAUCCCAUUAAGACCUAGCAUGAUGCAGCAUUUCUACCUAAAUCUUAAAACAAUAUAUGGCAGUAAUCCUAAACUUGCUUACCUGGAAGGAAGAGCCAAGAUAGACAAGUGUAGGUUAAAUCAGCAAUCUGGUUUCAUUUUGACCUAGGAGCAGCUGUGCUGCAGAGGAGUUCUUGGCCCUUUCUCUCUCUCUUCUGCAAUAUCCUAGGGUUGCAUAUUUCAAAAAGUAAAACCAGGACACCCUGAAAGUUGUUUUAGGUCAGGGAAAUGGCAGGCUGCCUAUGACAGGGAUGGGGAACCUGUGGUCCAUCAGAUGUUGUUCAAUUCCAGUUCCUAUCACUCAUCUGGUGCACAAUCUCAUCCUUGAUUUCCACACUGUGGCUCCAGACCUAAUCAUCUGUCAGGAGAGCUAUGACCUGGCCAGGGCCAUCAUUGUUUUUUUUAAUGAUACCAUCAUUGUGAUAUAAAUUACUUAGAGAUGUUUAUAAAGCUACAACAAAAUGCAAAGAAUACAGAAUCACAGAAUCAAAAGAGCAUUCCAUGCUGAAAAAAACAUUCCAUGUUCUCCAAAAAACACACACCAAAAUCCAAUAAGUUCCCAUGGUUCCUGGGAGAGCAGAGAAAGAGGUUUCCCUGAACCCCCUUCCUGCCGACAUGGAAAGAACCAUGCACAUAUCUCUGCACAGCCAGUGGCGUCACAAGGGAGGGUGCCCCAGGUGCCAUGUCUGGAGGGGUGACAAGAAGGCAUCCGGCGGGGUGUUCGCCCCGCCACCCCUGGGUGCGGUGGCGCAAGCAGCCAUCGCGCUGCCGCAGCCGCAUGCGGAAGAUCCCACCACUGUCUGUACAGCACUCAGGCGGCACCGACAGCAAACCGCUAUGUACAACGCAUGUGCAGUGUCGCACACAUGUGCUGUACGCAGCAACGCUGCUCAUGCGCUUACAUAGUGGUUUGCCUUUGGUGCUGCCCAAGCGCCGUACGGACGGCAGUAGGAUCCCUCCGCUACCGCUGCAGCUGCAAGCAGAGGAUCCCACCACCGUACGUAAGGCACUCGGGCGGUGCCGGCAGCAAACCACUACAUACAAUGCAUGCGCUGUACGUAGCGAUGCCACACAUGCAUCGUACGUAGCUGUGCAACGCAUGCGCAGCCAGUGGUUUGCCCUGCCCCGGGUGUUGGUUAGCCUUUGUUCGCCCCUGUGCACAGCUGGGCACUGGCAAGUUCAUAACUGACAUCUUUGUGGUAUUGGAGAGUGGUGGGCACACCUCUCUACCACCAUAUGAAGCCCUUUAUCCUCAUUUCUUUUAUGUACUUGUAAUAACCAAGUCCAAAGGCUGUUGACUUUUAGUCCAAGACCUUCAGUCACAAAGACCUUUUGUAUACCCUGACCGCAACACAUUCAAGCUGCAACACAUUGACUUGUGGGCCAGGACACAGGCCUGGCCAGGACGUUAAACGUACAACUGCAAACACACAGGAUUUCAUUAACGCAUUAGGAUUAUAGCUUGAUUCCAUCUGCAGUUAUUAAGAUCAUUAUCACUGACCAUACUGGCUGGGGUUGAUGAGAGUUGGGAGUCCCAUCAGGCUUCCCAUCCCAUCACCUCUCUUUACUGUCAAAUAACUUCUCAAAACCCAUGUUUCCUAAUUUGACAUAAAACCCUACGCAACUUAAGUACCAGUGAAAGAAAAGGCACAGUUGUUCUUCCACAUUAUUUUUUCUCCCCUCUAUUUUUGGUCUUCACCUGCACUGAAAAUUAGAUGGUAAGCUUCUUGGAGCAGGGGACUGUAACUCUGUAGCAGUCUGUAACUGUAACAGGCAAUGGGUCAUAUGUAAUGAAAUAAUAAUAAAUAAUAAUAGUAAUGAGGGACGCGGGUGGCGCUGUGGGUAAAAGCCUCAGCGCCUAGGGCUUGCCGAUCGAAAGGUUGGCGGUUCGAAUCCCCGCGGCGGGGUGCGCUCCCGUUGCUCGGUCCCAGCGCCUGCCAACCUAGCAGUUCGAAAGCACCCCCGGGUGCAAGUAGAUAAAUAGCGACUGCUUACUGGCGGGAAGGUAAACGGCAUUUCCGUGUGCUGCGCUGGCUCGCCAGAUGCAGCUUUGUCACGCUGGCCACGUGACCUGGAAGUGUCUGCGGACAGCGCUGGCCCCCGGCCUCUUGAGUGAGAUGGGCGCACAACCCUAGAGUCUGUCAAGACUGGCCCGUACGGGCAGGGGUACCUUUACCUUUACCUUUAAUAAUAGUAAUACAGUCCCCCCCCCCCCAUGCAGUGCAUCACUUAAAAUCAUUGCUUGCUCUUCAAAUAUCCUUUAAAACAGCAGGCAGGCUUAGAAAGCUAAAAACAGCUCAGCCAGGGAACCAGUUUAGACUGCUACAACGUCAAAUACCUUUCACCAAGUAUCAUUUUAGUUUUGUAUUCUGGGACCAUGGUCAUAUUUCUUUCCACAUCCUUCAGUGCUCCAGCAAGGUGCUUUCAGACACGAGAGGGCGCUGUUUUCCUUUUAUUUGUUUUUUUAGUUAGUUUGUUUUUUAAAAGAAAAAAGACCUAACCAAGCCUUCUGUUACUUACAAGUAACAUACGCUAUAACAUUUAAUUCCCCUUUAGGGCUGCUUUCACUUGGGAAUCUUGCCCACUCCAUGCUUCCAUAAACAGGAGGGAGCUUAAUUCUUCAGAUGAAAUCAACAGGACUUGAGUAACGCUUCAUUUCCCCUGAUUUGUGUCCAAUGAUUUUGUGUUUUCAGAAAUCAGUUUAAAUAUAUUUAAGUCUGACCAGGCCAGAAACUUAUGAAGAAGCUUAUGAAGAAACUAUUUUCUGUCAUUAGGUAGGCUAAUCUAAAAUAGUGAGAAAGGCUUCCAUCUCAUCAUUUUAGAAUUGAUUCUUUUUUUUCCCAUGAGAAGAUUUUUUUAAAAGAAUAAGGAUUCCUUAAAUAGCAACUUGAACUUUCUUUAAAUAAGCCUCCUCCCUCCUCUCUGCUAUGUUUUUGGCAAUUGCCUGAGAGCAGCCCUUCUCAAGUUACUCAGAUCUCCCACUCUCCUUCUCCCUGCAAAAGAUGGAACUACAUGCAGAGUCAGCACAUGUGUGUUGCCAAAUGCACAUUUUCUUAAGAGUUUAAGCGCAGGGUAAACGCUUGCAGAAUAAAACCAAGCAAGGGAUACAAAUGGUUUAAAUUCCACACUGCGUGCCAGUUCUCCACUGCAUUGUGGAGCCUGGCAAGGGUGGUGGGCGGGAUUCAAAACUUCCCAGGGGGAAUUUCAGGGGGAGUAUUGGGCAUCCCUUUUUCAAUUUUCCCCACAUUAGUGUUGUGAAACAUAAGCCCUUUUCACACAUUACUCAAACGUAAGGCAUGGCCAUGUUUACUUUGGAGAGGGGCCAUGCUUUUAGCCCUACCUCUGAAACUGCACCACCUUCCUCAAAAGAGCUGUGCCUUUCUUCUGCACAGCUUGGGGUCCUGACUGCUUGAAGCCUUUACAGGUGAGCAAGACCACCUGCAUAUAGAUUUCUCUACAGAUAAAUAAGCGCAUCAAAUGGUUGCUUGGCAGGGGUGGCACUAGAAAGCACAAGCCUGCUCCUGGCAAUGCUAUGCCUUUGUGUAAUGUGUGGAUAGGGCCAUAGAGCUACUGGUAACAUCCUUCUACCUAUCAAAGUUUAUGUAGCGUAAUUUCUAUUUUAGAAUCAUUUUUCAUUUUUGUUAAUGACCCAAGUAUUCCAUCAAAAUAUUCCAUAAAAAGUCAUGUCUGCCUUAGCUUUGUACAAAAGUGUUGUGUUUCACCAUGGCUCCCCUUCCCCAUCCCCCAUAGCUAACUCCCUUCCCUAUGACCCAUGAGAAUUGUUCAAGUAUGGUAUGCAUUUGCAGAAGCACUGACUGGAUGGAAUUCCAUUUUCCUUUUUGGAUAAGGACACUCCCAAAAGAGCCUUCCCUCUCAUCCAUUCUCAUUGAGCAUGAAGUGCCAGUUUCUACCAACAGCCACACACCUGUGUAAUGCACCAUUUGAAACAUUUGACAGGAGCAGCUGUAGAAUAUCUGUUUUCAGUUAAACUCUGUUUUCUGCCUGCCACCAUUUCAUCUGACUUUUAUCUAUUUAUUUACACCUCACCUUUCCUCUAUCUAUCUCUAUCUAUCUAUCUAUCUAUCUAUCUAUCUAUCUAUCUAUCCUUUUUAUCCUUCCCACAAAUCCCACAAAGUCAGUUAGGUUGAGAGUACUGAUGAUGAUAAUGAUGAUAAUAAUAAUAAUAAUAAUAAAUUUCUUAUUUAUACCCCUCCCAUCUGGCUGGGUUUCCCCAGUCACUCUGGGCGGCUUCCAAGAUUUGUAAGUUUUGAUUCACAUUAGUUUCUCACUUUUAUAAUCUUAAAUUUAGUCUUCCGGGUUUCUGCAGCAAUUUGCUUUAAAAAAAAGAAUUCUAACGAAAUCCUUCAACAUUUCAAUGUGAAUUUCACCUGAUAAAAGCAUACUAUUGAAUAAUGUACCCAUUUUUGCAAGCAAUUUACAUUUUGUAUGUUAUUUUUACUAGUAUAUUCACCUUUAUGCCCAUUUCCCCCUAAUACAUGCAUGUUUCAAAAUGUUGUUUGGAUGAAAAACUGCAUCCCAAAAUUCAGAUACAAAAUUCAGAUAAAUGUGAAUUUUUAAGCUAUGUUUCAGUUCUUGUGUUGUUUUGGAAAUUUGGCUUUAAAUGUGAACUGAAUCAAAUAUAUCUCCCACCCUUUGUUGAGAGAAAGCAAUUGACCCAAGGUCAUCAAAGAAGCUUCAUGACCAAGUGUGGAUUUGAAUCUAGCUCUUCCAAGUGAACAUCUGGUGCUUUAACCCCACUGGAUUGGCAAUUGCUUGUAAUAUUUGAGGAGGGGAGAUUUGCACUAAGAAGAUGUAACAGACAGGGCAGUAUUCAAGUAAUGUGUUCCAUCCAUGCAAUGAUGUCUGCUUGGCAGUGGAACUCCCCCCCUUUCUCCUCUUCCCACAUAUACCCCACACCCUCCCCAAAUCUGUUUCAUAGGGUUGGAGAGAACCUAGAACAGAUUUAGGAGGGAGCAGAUUGGCUGGCCUGGUGCAGGGUCUGACACACCUGAUAGCAACCCUUUGAGCAUCUGGGUCCAAUCCAGCUGGGAGGAAGUUAUGCACAACAUCCAUUGCCACAUCCAACUUGCUUCCACUGUAUAUGGGCACUCAACUUCAAGGUCACCAAUGACUUAAAUGGGCUUUAUUUUUGAAACUCUUCCCCAAAGCAGAAGCCAACACCACUUAUAAGCUGCCUGUGAAUUGCUUCCCCAAAUAAUUCCAGUAACAUUGGCAGGGGUGGUUCUCUAGGGGUGCUAAAUGUGGGAGAGUGGCAAUGUGCUGAAACUGUGGGGCUUAUGAAAAAUAGAUUAUGUACGUGACUGAUAGAAAACCGUAUAAUUACAACUGCAUGGAAUAAGAUUCAAGCAUCAUGCUGGCUGUAAAUUGGGAUACAAGGUGUUCUAAUGUGCCUUUAUAAUUUGCUGGUGAAACCUAAUUGGUUUCAUUUUAAAACUAUCUAACUUUCCACUUAAUUACAUCAUGAUAGUUUCUUCAAGAAGUGACAUUUUCAGGUUACUGUUUUUUUAAAAAAUAUCAAGCAAGGCUUGCUAAUUAUGUCUCUGAUAUAUCAUGUUGGUGCUAUUUAGAGCUGUCUCUCUCCUUUUUGGAACAAUAGAGAGAGUUGUAUUUAAUUUUCUUUUGUAAUGUGGAAACAUUUAAGACUACUUUGCAAAUAGUACCAUAAGGCUACUUCUCACAAGGCGGCAGUGGCAGCAUGAACAGGAAUUUCAAAGCUUAACGAAUUUACAAGGAAAACUCACAUAUAACAACUGAAUGCCUGUGGGCAUUGUUUAUUUGAUGCUGUGGAUGUGUUGAUAAAGAGAAAGGAAGAUAAUGGGGAAAUCUUCACACACAAAACUCAGAAUGGUCAUAUCCUAGCUGUACUGUUUUUUAUUAUAUAGCAGUGAAGAAAAAGUCACAGUUGUAUGUUUCCAAAGUUCAGUUUACAACCAAUAUCUUUACCAAAGAUACGUUCACACACAAUUCAGGGUUUGGAGGCUGCAAACAGUAAGUGAUGACUUCCAUUUGUGGUGUAGCUAUCAGAAAUUCAAAAGGAUUAUUAGAAAGAGCUCUCUAAUAAUCAAGCACAGCUUUCUCCCAAGCCAGUGACCUCCAAAUGCUUCAGACUACAACUCCAAUAAGCCCAGUCAGCAUGAUGGGAGUUGUAGUCUAAAACAGUUGAAAGUCACCGGGCUGCUUUAGCAUCACCUCAGUCACAAUAUCUUUCAGUGGAAGCUAUUCAUGUGCUCAGGAGCAAAUCCAUGAAUGAUAAACACUACCCUACGUGCAAAGUUCUACUAUUCAGAAGGAAGCCCCACUGAGUUAAAUGAAGCUUACUCCCAGGUAAGUGUGCAUAGCAUUACAGCCUAGGGACGCAGGUGGCACUGUGGUCUAAUCCAUUGAGCCUCUUGAGCUUGCCGAUCGUAAGGUCAGCAGUUCAAAUCCGCACAACAGGGUGAGCUACCAUUGCUUUGUCCCAGCUCCUGCCAACUUAGCAGUUCAAAAGCAUACCAGCACGAGUAGAUAAAUAGGUACUGCUGCGACAGGAAGGCAAAUGGUGUUUCCUUGUGCUGUGGCACUCAUCACAGUGUCUCGUUGCACCAGAAGUAUUUUAGUCAUGCUGGCCACAUGGCCCGGAAAAGCUGUCUGCAGACAAACGCCAGCUCCGUUGGCCUGAAAAGCAAGAUGAGUGCCACACCCCAUAGUUGAAUUCAACUGGACUUAACCAUCCAGGGGUCCUUUACCUUUUGCAGCCUAGGUCUUACCUUUCAUGUGUUACAUUAUCUUACUUGCAGGUAGUGAGGAUAGUAGGCAUUCAGUUACAAUGAUAGCUCACAACCAUAGAUGCAGGAUGGUAGCCAUCCUUUCUCUUUAGGUGGGGCUGCCACAUUUCCAGGUGAGGCUCCAUCAGAGAUUUCUGUAACUGUCUCAAAGCUCCACAGUCUCUGUAUAUUUUAGUGUCCAUUAGUUUAGCGGCAGAAACAUGUAUGCUGGUAGGGACCAUUAUUUUUAAGUUCAGAGGCUUUUACUGAUACAUCCACAGCACUUUCCUUAAAUAAACCAAACUUUAUUAAAAGUUCUUUAAAGUUUCCUGAAGUUGCCCCUUUAAGCACUCUGCCAUUUCUUUCAGUAUAAUAAGGAUCUCUUUCAGGAUCAUUUAAGUAUAAUAAAAGUGGUGCUAAUGAUUUUAAAACAUCCACCAGGAAGAGUUUUGGAUAGGCAGAGCUUAUUGGGUAAGCUGGAUAGUAUUUAGAGCACUAUUAUUUUGGGUGGCACCAAAAUGAUAUUUUUUUGACCCCCCUUUUUUUUCUUAACCGGGAAUUUACAUGUCAUUUGGUUCUGCUGGACCUUUUAGGAAUGUUUGAUGCUGUUGACCAUUGUACACUUCCAGACAGUCUGAAGGGAAUACACCCAGGACAGGGCUGGGGAACCCAUGGCACUCCAAGUGUUGUUAGGCUCCAACUUCAACCAGCUCUGACCAUCAGCCAUGCUGGCUGGGGCUUACGAGAGUUGUAGUCCAACAACAUCUGGAGGGCCACAAGUCCCCCACAACUCCUGCCCUAGGAGGUACUGUGCUAUGGUUCUGGCUCUUCAUUGAGUGUCAGAAAGUGAUGCUGGAGGACUAAUUAAAUGCCUUGGUCAUUUGUGUAUGGCAUCACUGUCUUCUUUGGUAGGUUGUUCAAUAUCUACAUACGACUGAACGGGGUUGUCUGGAUGUUUAGAAUGUGUUGUAAUCAACAUGCAGAUAACACAGAGUUUCAUUUCUCUUUCCCAUCUAAUACCAAGUGGUUGAUGUUCUGAACUGCUGCCUGCUGAUAGCAAUAGGCUGGAGUUGAGGGCUAAUCAAUUGAAGCUUAAUCCAGAUGAGAGAGCUGUUCCUCAUCAGGAAGAAGAUAGACUCCAGAAUAGAACUUCAAAGUGGGUUGUUGUUGCGGGUUUUUUUUGGGGGGGGGGAGGAAUCAGAUAUUGAGUUUGCAGGUUGAAGAACCGGGUAUUCAGUUUGUGGGUGCUCCUAGAUUCAUCCUUGAACUUGGAUGCCCAGGUGGUGAUAGUUGCUAGGAGUGCCUUUGGCUAGCCUAGCUGAUGAACCAGCAGUGCCUUUUCCUAAAGAGGUCUGAUUUGACCCUAAUUUGACCCUAAUUAAAUGUGCCUUGGCCUUUAGUUACAUCUAGACUAUGUUACUGCAACAUGUUCUACAUGGAGCUAACUUUGACGAGUCCUCAGGAAAUUAUGUUGGUCCAUCAUGUGGUGGUCAGGAUGUUUGUUUGAUCACAUUUCACUUGUCCUGCAGUAACUGUACUGGUUACCAAUUUGUUUUGAGGUUCAGGGUGUUGAUGCUUGCCUUUUAAAGCACUAAAUGACUUGGGUCAAGGAUACCUGAGGGAUUGCCUCCUCCCAUGCCAGCCUGCCCAUUCAUUAAGAUCUACAGGGAAGAAAUAAGGCCUUCUCAGUACCUGAAUGGUUCCAUCUUUGAUGGCCUUUCACCAGCUUAUGAAUACUUCUUUAUUCUAGCAUGUGUUUAAUUUGUUAGGCUGGGUUGAUUCUAGUGACAAACUUUGUUUUAUGUGCUCUGCCUGCCCUUGGCGAAUUGCAUCUGUCACCUGUGGAUGUUAUGCUGUGAUUUUUAUAUUGGUGAUGUUGCUUUUUUAUUUUUAUAUUGUGAUUUUUAUUGAUGUAAGCUACUUUGUGUAAUGCAUGUGAGGUCGAUACAAUGGUUUUAUUAUAAAUAAAAUAAAUAUUCCCAAAAUGUUUUUACUUUAAUGAAAAUGUUACAAAUUGUAUUGUAUACACAGAUUGUAUACAAGGCACUUGUAUGUUGCCUUGUGUUUGUUGGUAGUGAAUCGGUAGUCCUAGUAGGGCAGUGCAUGCUCUAGCCCCACCUCAACCAGAGCUCUGUGAUAAGCGUGGAAAAUGCAACUAGAAAAGCAAAGCUUUCCCUUGCUCUGUUCAACAUCGGAACCCAGCCAAGCUGCUCAUGGGGACCACACAAUUCUUCAGCAAUGGAGAUUAGCAAAGGGGACAACUUAAACAACCUCCCCAAUCUUUAGCUCCCAGAUGCUGUUGAACUGUAACCGCAAUACCUCAAGGACCUUCUCUCCCCUUAUGAACUUACCCAGACCCUGAGAUCAUCAUCUGAGUCCCUUCUUCAUGUGUCUCCUCCAUGAGAGGCCCAGAGCGUGGCAACAUGAGAAGGGACCUUUCCUGCAACGGCUCCCCCUUGUGGAAUGUUCUCCCCAGGGAGGCUCACCUGGCUUCUUUGUUUCAUAUCUUUAGGCAUCAGGCAAAAACAUUCCUCUUCUCCCAGACCUUUGGCGAAGUAAACAAUCUACAGCCUUUUAAACUGGGGUGGUGGGGCGGGAGGGGGUAGUAUUCUUUUUUGUUACUAUGCUAUGUAUUUUUGCAUUUUUAUAUUGCAAACUGCCCUCUGUUCUUCGGAUGAAGGGUGGUAUAUAAAUAUAUAAAUUCAAUAUAAAUAUAUAAUUAAAUAGAUUUCAGUGGAACUUAUGUCUAUGGCAUGGGCGGCCAAUGUGUGGCACUACAACUUCCAUUAGUCCCAAGUAGCAUGGCUGGUGGCCAGAGGAAAGGGGAGUUAUAGUCCUACAAUAUCUCAAGGGCUACUGGUUUCUCCAUCCAGAUAUGCAUCUAACUAUUUUGUAGUUAUUUUGUAGAAUUGUAGACUGGGAAGGGACCCUGGGGUCAUCUAGUUUCAAUCCUUUGCAAUGCAGGAAUCUCAAGAAAAGCAUCCAUGACAGAUUGCCAAAAUCUACAGUUGCCCCUCCCUGAAGCAGCGUGUGACACACUGUUCUCAGCCACCUCACUUAGUAGUAAUAACUCACCUGUCCACAACAGCAAGAUCCCCCCACCCCACUGCAGAGAUGCUUCGAGCUUUCAGUAAGGCCUUUUUGCUCUCAAUUCUCCUUUCCCACCCCAAAUCCUUUCUCCUUCUGGUUGCAUCACCUCCUGGCAAAUAGAAGGGGAAGAAAUGGAGGAAGUGAGAGAUUUUACUUUCUUGGGCUCCAUGAUCACUGCAGAUGGUGACAGCAGUCAUGAAAUUAAAAGACGCCUGCUUCUUGGGAGAAAAGCGUUGACAAACCUAGACAGCAUCUUAAAAAGCAGAGCCAUCACCUUGCCAACAAAGGUCUGUAUAGUUAAAGCUAUGGUUUUCCUAGUAGUGAUGUAUGGAAAUGAGAGCUGGACCAUAAAGAAGGCUGAUUGCCGAAUAAUUGAUGCUUUUGAAUUAUGGUGCUGGAAGACAGUCUUGAGAGUCCCAUGGACUGCAAGAAGAUCAAACCUAUCCAUUCUGAAGGAAAUCAGCCCUGAGUGCUCACUGGAAGGACAGAUCGUGAAGCUGAGGCUCCAAUACUUUGGCCACCUCAUGAGAAGAGAAGACUCCCUGGAAAAGACCAUGUUGGUGGGAAAGACUGAGGGCACAAGGAGAAGGGGACAACAGAGGACGAGAUGGUUGGACAAUGUUCUUGAAACUACCAACAUGAAUUUGACGAAACUGCGGGAGGCAGUGGAAGACAGGAGUGCCUGGCGUGCUCUGGUCCAUGGGGUCAUGAAGAGUAGGACACAACUAAACGACAACAACACUAGAGUUAGGGGUAAGAAACUGUAGCCCUCCAGAUAUUUUGGGGACUUCCCAUCUAGCAAGGAUAAUGGCCAGAGAAUGAGUAAAUUGUAGUCCAACAACCUAUGGAGCUACACUUGAGGCUUAUCCUCUUAAAACAACAACAACAACAACAACAACAACGUAAAUUUUUAUUUGUACCCCGCCCUCCCUGGCCGGAGCUGGGCUCAGCGCGGCUAACGUCAUAAAACUAACACAGUAUACAAAGAACAUAAGAACAGGCAAUCAAUUAAUUAAAAUGCAUCUUAAAAUUAGUUCAGAGCAAAUUAAAAUCUGGACAGAAGGCAGUCCAUGGGUAAAACUGAGAGUGGUUAAUAUUCUUCAGGGACAACUUUACCACCAGCCUUAUAAAGCGGGCUAGGAGACCUCUUUAAUGCUUGUUCUUAUACAGAAAGAAAAGAAUCAGACUGAACCCUGACCAAAGACCUGGUGGAACAGCUCCAUCUUGCAGGCCCUGCGAAAGAUGUCAAAUUCUGCAGGGCCCUGGUCUCUUGUGAGAGAGCGUUCCGACCCUGGCUCUGGUCGAGGCCAGUCUAAUCUCCCUGGGGCCUGGGAUCUUCAGGGUGUUAUUAUUUGCAGACCUUAAGGUCCUCUGUAGAGCAUACCAGGAGAGGCAGUCCCAUAGGUAUGAGGAUCCUAGGCCAUAUAGGGCUUUAAAGGUUAAAACCAGCACCUUAAACCUGAUCCUGUACUCCACCGGGAACCAGUGCAGCUGGUAUAGCACCGGAUGAAUGUGCUCCCAUGGCAAGGACCCCGUGAGGAGUCUCGCUGCGGCCUUCUGCACCCGCUGGAGUUUCUGGGUCAGUUUCAAGGGCAGCCCCACAUAGAUGAAAGAUGUGCAGCUGGAACAUCCCUGAAGAAGCAAGGCUUGCCUGCAGCUAUGGCCCUUUUAGGAUUUCCGCCUGGUGCUGCAAUCAUUUCCAGACUUUCUCAAGGAAAGCCCCAUUGAAUCCAGUAGGUGUACUUGAGAACAUUGCCUUUCAGCACCAACCUCUAGCCAUUGAAAUCAGUGGGACUUAUUUUUUUGUUAUUAUGGAAGGGUUACACUGCACAAUAUGAGAGCAGUAUCUUCACAUAUAUGUUAUUGUGAAGAUGAUAUACUCUAAAUGCAUAGGCACUCACCAAAACAGCAUUUGGGGUACUCGAAAUGGGAGCAAGAGAAACUCUGCCCUGGAAUUCUGAGAGGCCCCAGUAAGGAAGGAAUAAAAAGAUUAUUAAGAGUACUAUGGUGUAAUAGCAGGCCAUGAGCUGACACGUCUUCAGUUCAAAUCUCACAUCAAGUGACCCUUAUGUGGUCAAAAGGGUAGGAAGCAGAGGUCAGCAAUAAACUAGCAAGUUUUCAUGCCCAAGGAAAGUCAGCUGUGUUAUUCACAAAUGGCAUCAGGAGUGAGCAGCGAAGUUGCCAAGUUUAUUUGAUUAUGAAACUCAAGGUAGCCAAUAAAUAUUGGAAGGAUUUCUCUAUACUGCAUGAAGGUAUAGCAAAAUGGCGAAUGAGAUUUAAUAUAAGUAAGUGCAUAGUCAUACACAUUGGGGUGAAAAAGAAAACCCGCAACAAAACCAAAAAUCUAUAUACACACACUGAUGGGGUCUGAUUAGUCUACGAGUACCCAGGAAAGAUUAGUAGUGAAUAGGUCACUGAAAAUGUCAACUCAGUGCGUAGUAGCAGAGAAAAAGGCAAAUUCUAUGUCAGGAAUUAUAGAAAAGAGGUCAAAAAGAAAACUGCCAUUGUCACAAUGCCCUUAUGCAAAUCUGUGCCUCAGCCACAUUUGGAAUUUUCUUGUACUGUUCUGAUCACACCAUCAUUAAAAAGAAAAAAGAAUACUGCAGUCCUGGAAAAGAUAUAGAACAAAAACAAGCCAGUUGAUAAGAAAUGUUAUCCAUACAGGAAAAGGCUACACUUUUGGAAUUGUUUAAUUUGGAAGGGCAGACAUGACAAAAGUCAAUACUGUAAAAUUAUGAAUGAAAGGAGAGGUUUCCCUGCUCCUCUUUUAAUAUUAGAACUUGGGGUCAUCUAAACAAUUUAAUUGGGAACAGGCUUAGAAAAAGAAGGCGCCUACUUUUUCAAACUAUGCAGAGUUAAUUUGUGGAAUUAGUUGCCACAGGAUGUGGUGAUGGGUUUGUUAGGUCUGUACUAUAGGUCUAUGACCCCCUCCCCAUCAGCUGUAAUAGCUGAACUUCCAUGUUCAGAGAAAAGUAUAUCUCUGAAUAGCAAACACCGGGGACAAACGUGCAGACGCCAAUUUCCUUCAUGAUCUGCUCCUUAGCUUUUUGGAGGUGCUUGGCCGCAGCUUUUGGAGCCCUCCUCACAUUCACCCUACGUGUCCUAUUAAGCGAGCCACCAGUGCCUUCGGUUCCCAAUGAUAACAAGCCGGUUAGUAACACUGACCCACUUUACAAGGCUGCUGUUAGGAUUCUCGAGGAGAAAAACGCACCAGGAGUGCUUGGAGCCCUUGACAUACGCCUGGCCAAAUGCUAAGUACCAUUAUGAAGGAACCAAUUUGUGGAGGUUAUUUUGAGGGGAGGGGAGGGAUCAAUAAUUUAUGAAGGACAUCUAAUUUUACAACCCCGGACCCGAAGCUUUGGUUACAGGGAGCUGUGUCACCCUGCAGGCUGCAUAGUAAUAAUGGUUGCUAUUUUAAGGACUGCAUCUCUCUCUCUCCAUCAACUUUCUUCCUCUCUCUGUUGUCUGUACCACUUAACACAGAAGAUGUGGUGUGUGUGUGUGUGUGAGAGAGAGAGAGAGAGAGAGAGAGAGAUGGAGGAAGGGAGAGCUCUUGUCCUGAUGAGAGAGCUUAGGAGUUUGGUGGGGCUGCUGUUGGCUAUUCGCAUGCCUCUUCUUUCCAUCCUCCUCCUCCUCCUCCUCCUCCUCUUCCUCCUCCCCGAGUGAAUCCGGUAGGUAUGAAGGGCGGCGGCGGCGGCAGCAGGAGGGUAGCUCUAAUUGCUUUCUCAAUGAAAGAUAAUCACCCGGUCCCGAGGGACGCUUCCAGAUUAGCACUCAACAUCCAGUGAUCUCAGCCCUCUCUCAUCCUGCUGCCUCCAUUUACAGCCCAUUCAGCAGUAAGUGGAUCGAAGAAAGCCGCUCACCACCACCCAUUAGUGACAGCAGAUCUCUCCCCACUGCUUUGGACUGACUUUUCCCCCCUUCUUCUUCACUCCCUCUCUUUCCCCUUUCCUCUCUCUCCCUCUCUUACUUAGAGGCUCCAUUCACUCCGCGCUCGCCUGGGUCGCUGCUGCUGCUGCUUUUGCUGCUGCUCCUUCGCUCCCCCGCUCGCUUCCUUACGGGAUACCAAAAAGAAGAAGGGAAAAAAAGUUGCAGCGGAGCGAGGGCUUUCGAAACAUGAGCGAGCUGGAAGGGGACUUUGCCAAGCUCUUGCUGCUGAAGGAUGAGCGGAUUAAAGAGCUGGAGAAGCGCUUGUCCGAGAAGGACGAGGAGAUCCAGGAGCUGAGGAGGAAGCUGCACAAGUGUCAGUCCGUGCUGCCCGCGCCCACCACCCACAUCGGACCCCGCACCACCCGGGCGCAAGGCAUCUCCGCCGAGCCCCAGACCUAUCGCUCCUUCCACGAUCUCCGGCAGGCGUUUCGGAAAUUCACCAAAUCCGAAAGGUAG